CAUUUUCCGUGUAUUUUUUUAACGGAGUGGAACCAUAAUAGUGUCUUAUUAUGUAUAUAAUAUGUUCAGCUGAAGUCCGCAUACGAUAACAGCGUAUCAAAUCCCCCGCACUCGACAAUAUAAAGCAAGCAAAACGAGAGUUUUAGGUAAAGGUAUAGGUAUUUACGAAAAAUGCAAAGACAAAAAUAUAGUAAAGAGUUCAGGUCGACAAUGGCCAGUGUAGCGAAUAGCGGUAGAACUAUGCCACUAUAGAAGGCCCCUGCCCUUGGCAAGUUAUUCUUCAUUCAGUUUUUAAUUAACAUUAUAUUAGUCUCUAAUUAAGUUAUUGUUGUGCUUAAUAGAUGUGUAAAUUUGGUCCUGUGUACUAUAGAUAGCUAAACAAUGUCAUCAUCAAGAUUUGAAGUUGAACGUGUGGCAGCAUCACCGGAUGGUGCUGUUUCACUUGACGCAACUUCGGAAGAAUCAACUGGCUUUGUUCAUUCACCUUCUUCUAAAAAUGUUGUGGAAAAACCUGCGGAACCAAGCAAUGAGGAAUUCAUAAUGAUGUCGACACCUGUGGACCAAGAAAACUCUGAUGUUUCACCUAUAAGUGAAACUGCUGCUGUGGAACAAACAACAAAGAGUAGAUUUCAUGUUGAAUUUGUGGAGCCUGAAAAGGAUUUAGAAAGUCCGAGCUCUCCUCACCACAACACACCUUAUGAUACUCAUGAUUCCCACACAAAAACAUACUACCUCAAAACAUUUGGACAUAACACUCAGGAAGCGAUACCAAUGGUUGCAUAUUACCACAAUACUGGGUCAAUUACAAAAAAAUCAUCUCGGCCAACACUUGAUCAACUGCAUGCAGACCCAGCAGAAGUGGAAAAUUCAUUACCAAAACCUGAUGCUGAGACUGUAGAAGUUAAGUCUGAGGCAGUGGAACCCCACGCUUCUGUAACUCCUGUUAAAUUUGGAUGGAUUAAAGGUGUUUUGGUACGUUGUAUGCUGAAUAUAUGGGGUGUGAUGCUUUUUCUACGACUGUCAUGGGUGGUUGGACAAGCUGGUAUUGGGUUUAGUUUAUUGAUUAUCUUGCUCUCUUGUACUGUCACUGUAAUUACAACCAUGUCUAUGUCAGCUAUUUGCACGAACGGUCAAGUAAGGGGUGGUGGAGCAUACUAUUUAAUCUCUCGCAGUCUUGGACCUGAGUUUGGUGGAGCUAUUGGUCUCAUUUUUUCUCUUGCCAAUGCUGUAGCUGUUGCAAUGUAUGUUGUUGGGUUUUCAGAAACAGUUGUUGAAUUAAUGUUUAAAUAUAAUGCUACAAUGACUGGUAGUGUACUGAAUGACACAAGGAUAGUAGGAACCAUAACAGUUAUUCUCUUGCUUGGAGUAACCCAACUUGGCAUGGCUUGGGAAUCAAAGAUGCAAAUGGGUUUACUUAUAAUUUUGCUGAUCUCAAUUAUUAACUUUCUCAUUGGGACUUUUAUACCUGCAUCAACUGUCCAAAUGUCUUAUGGAAUGUUUAAUUACCAAAGUAAUAUUGCUGCUGAAAAUUUUGGACCUAAUUUUCGAAACAAUGAAAAUUUUUUUUCUGUCUUCUCGAUAUUUUUUCCAGCUGCAACUGGAAUCUUGGCCGGAUGCAACAUAUCUGGAGAUUUGAAAAAUGCACAAACUGCCAUUCCUAAAGGAACACUUUUAGCAAUUUUAAUUACAAGUGUUGUGUAUGCAGUCAUCUCCAUCAUUUUAGGCAGUGUUCAAGUUAGAGUUUCUUCCGGAAAUAUUGCUGACUUUAUAGGAGUUGCUAAUGCUACAAGCUUAAACUGCACAUCCGCUGCUUGCCAGUUUGGUUGGUCAUACACUUCAGUUAACACAACAUGUACUGACUCUGCAUCUGCAAUAAACCAAUGUUUUAAAGGUGGCCUUCUUAAUGAUUUUCAAGCAAUGCAAAAAAUCAGUGCCUUUUGGCCAAUCAUUGUGGCAGGAAUAUUUGCUGCUACUUUAUCAUCAGCACUUGCUAGUUUGGUUAGUGCCCCCAAAAUUUUUCAGGCUGUUUGCAGGGAUCACAUUUUUCCACUGAUAGGAUUUUUUGGCAAAGGUGCAGCGGGUACAGAUGAACCACGCCGAGGUUAUAUCUUAGCAUUUGUUAUUGCAUUGGCUUUUAUACUAAUAGGUCAGCUUAAUGCAAUUGCUCCUAUUAUUUCAAACUUUUUUCUUGCAUCAUACACACUUAUCAAUUACUCUUGUUUCUCUGCAUCACUCGCAAAAUCACCAGGUUGGCGACCGGCGUUUAAGUAUUACAACAUGUGGUUAUCACUGGUAGGUGCAGUGAUUUGUUGUGCUAUUAUGUUUGUUAUAAAGUGGUGGGCAGCAUUAAUUACAAUUAUUAUAGUUGUGGCACUAUACAAAUAUGUUGAUUACAAAAAGCCUGAUGUCAACUGGGGUUCUUCAACGCAAGCGUAUACAUACACACAAGCUUUAAACCACACAUUGAAAUUGAGUUCUGUAGACGACCAUGUGAAAAAUUUCCGCCCCCAGUUGAUGGUGUUGACAGGCUCACCAAAGCAUCGACCUGCACUGCUUCACAUUGCUUCACAAAUAACUAAAAACGUUUCACUCAUGGUGUGCGCUAAUGUAAAGAUAACACAGGGGAAAUUUACCAGUCGUAACUUAAUGAAAGAAAAUGAGUUGAAUCAAAAGUGGUUGAAAUCCCAACAUAUCAAGGCAUUCUAUUCCUCUGUUAGCGCUUCUAAGUUAACAGAAGGUGUUUUAACUCACCUCCAACUAUCUGGUCUAGGCAAACUCAGAACAAACACUUUGUUGAUGGGGUUUAAAUGUGAUUGGAAAACAUCUACCCCUGAGGAAUUUGUUGGAUAUAUUAAUAUAAUCCAUCAUGCCUUAGACAUGAAUUAUGGCAUUUGUAUUUUGCGAAUGAAAGAGGGUUUAGAUGUGUCACAGUAUUUAGAAGCUGGUGUUGGAACACAUGAUCCAGUUAUUAGUAAAUCAGAGUCAAGCACCUCCAGAAAGGAACGUACCAAGUCAAGUUCUGGUGAUGUAACAUCUGCAGAGGGUGAUGUUGGGUUGGUGAAGCAGACUGAAGAGAGAGGGAGUAGCACAAAGCUGGUGGCAAGAGGAAGCAUGAGUGAUGUCAACACUGCAAAAAUUAAAGCAGCAUCAUUGUUUCAAUCAGUUCAGGAAAAAGGUAAAACCAUUGAUGUUUGGUGGUUGUUCGAUGAUGGUGGACUUACUAUUCUUAUCCCAUAUCUUCUAUCUACUAAACCUCAGUGGAGUGGAUGUAGAAUGAGAAUCUUUACCGGUGGAAAAAAAGAAAGAAUUGACCAAGAUAAGCGUACAAUGGCUCAACUGCUGAGCAAGUUUCGAAUUGGUUUUGAAGAUGUUAUUGUUAUUGGUGAUAUUAAUAGCAAACCAAGCAAAAGUUCUGUUCAAGAAUUUGAGUCCAUGAUUAAACCAUAUACCUGUGGUGAGAAUAACGAAAAACCAGAAAAUGAUGAGUCAUGGAAAAUUACUGACAAUGAACUAACUACAUUAAAGGAAAAAACCUACAGACAGUUACGCCUACAGGAGUUGCUACAGAAACAUUCACGUGAUGCUGCGCUUAUAAUGAUGACGCUACCUAUGGCACGAAAAACAUCUGUAUCACCUGCUUUGUACAUGGCAUGGCUAGAAGAGCUGAGUAAAAACUUGCCACCUAUCAUUCUUUUGCGUGGAAAUCAAACGAGUGUAUUAACAUUUUAUUCCUAAUGCUGCUUAACAUCUUCUUGCUACUAAUUUUUGUGUUCUGUUAAACCAUUUUAUAUUAGUAUAUAAAUUUCUUUUCAAAAUAUGCUAUAUGUAUAUAUUGCUUAAAUAAACAACAGUUUGUAUCAUAUUCUAUUUUUAAAACUGCAACCAACAAUCUUUUGUAGUCUAUUCCUAAAGUUGUUUUACUGCCCUACAUUUGUUUUUUCAUUGCUGCUUAAAUUUUCUUUUUAAUGAAAGUAGCUUUAUUUAUAAGUGAAAAAAAAACGAAAUCGUCUUUUAUUCAACUGUAAAUUAUGUUAUUUUAUUUCUGUCCAACCUUUUACAAAAGUAGCAACUAAAAACCGCUGCAAGUACUCUGUGUAUAUCGUAAUCUACCUAUCCACCCACAUGAUCAGUGAUUCGAGCGGUUGACUCUGAACCAGAGAAUUCAAAGUUAAGGCUCUAUGCUGCAACCAAUGUAUUUUUUGCCGAAUGUAAAAGCGCAGUCUAACUUUGCUUAUUCAUCAAUGGCCAUUUAAUUUUUCUUCAUUAGGUUAUUUAGGAUUUCUGUAAUUUACUUACUUUAUGUUUUGAUUUGUAAUUUGUUCGGUUAAUAUUUAACUAAUCCAAGUGAGUUAGAUCUUAUUUUCCAUAGACAACAUUUUGCAUUUGUUUUUUGAUGCAAGUAAUUUAUUUUUGUUUACCAAUUUAAAUAAUCUAAUACCCAAUUAGUGAUAUAUUUAAGACAUCAGCCUAUGGUAUAUGCUCAUGUAUUUUAAUCAUAACAUUGCUGCAUUUUAG